GCGCAUGCUCCAUUUCCAAAUAGAGUUGUGUUUUGACAUUUCAUUUCACUCCUAUGAUUUGACUGGAGAGUUGUCGUGGGAUAUUGAUAAAAUCUAGAGUAAAUCAGCUUUCUUCUGCUUAAAUUUCGUGAAAAGUGCUUUUCCGUGUUGAAAAGGUGUGGUGUGACUAAUUCGACGCCUUUUCCUCAUGAGCUAUCAAAGCAGGGCAAUGCCUUACCAAGGCACAGGUGACAUGCCAAUGGCAAACUCCAAAGAACAAAACGUGAUGUCGUGGCAACAAAACAACUAUAUGGGUGACUCUGGAAUCCAUUCCGGAGCUCAAACCCAGGUCCCAUCUUUGAGUGGCAAAGAAGAAGAGGAUAUGGAUCUCUUCGAUCUUGACCAGGGAUAUCAAGGAUUCACUCAAGACCAAGUUGAUGACAUGAACAAUCAGCUGAACACAACCCGUUCUCACAGAGUAAGGGCUGCUAUGUUUCCUGAAACAUUGGAAGAAGGAAUUGAGAUCCCUUCAACACAAUUUGACCCUGGACACCAAACAGCUGUCCAACGUUUAGCUGAACCAAGUCAAAUGCUUAAACACGCUGUAGUUAACCUAAUUAACUACCAAGAUGAUGCUGAAUUAGCCACUAGAGCUAUCCCAGAGUUGAUUAAACUUUUGAACGACGAAGAUCAAGUAGUUGUUUCUCAGGCAGCCAUGAUGGUGCAUCAACUGUCAAAGAAGGAGGCAUCCAGACAUGCCAUCAUGAACAGUCCACAAAUGGUGGCCGCUUUGGUCAGAGCCAUUUCAAACUCUAAUGAUUUGGAAACCACCAAAGGAGCUGUUGGUACUCUGCAUAAAUUGUCACACCACAGACAAGGUUUGCUUGCUAUUUUCAAAAGCGGUGGUAUACCAGCUUUGGUGAAACUGCUCAGUUCACCAGUCGAAAGUGUUUUGUUCUAUGCCAUAACUACUCUACACAAUUUAUUGCUUCAUCAAGAUGGUUCUAAGAUGGCGGUGAGACUUGCUGGAGGUCUUCAAAAAAUGGUUGCACUAUUGCAAAGAAACAAUACCAAGUUUUUGGCUAUUGUUACUGAUUGUCUGCAAAUUUUGGCCUAUGGCAACCAGGAGAGUAAACUGAUUAUUCUGGCGUCUCAAGGUCCUGUUGAAUUGGUGCGAAUCAUGAGAUCUUACAAUUAUGAGAAGCUUUUGUGGACAACUUCCAGAGUUUUGAAGGUUCUAUCAGUAUGCUCAAGCAAUAAACCAGCCAUUGUGGAAGCUGGAGGUAUGCAAGCUUUGGCCAUGCAUUUGGGCAACUCAAGUCAACGUCUGGUUCAAAAUUGUCUCUGGACUUUGAGAAAUCUCUCUGAUGCUGCCACUAAAGUCAAUGGAUUGGACUCCUUGUUGUCAUCUCUGGUCCAAGUCCUUGCAUCGUCCGAUGUAAAUGUUGUUACUUGUGCUGCAGGUAUCUUAUCAAAUUUGACAUGCAACAACCAAUUCAAUAAAGAAACAGUUUGUCAAUACGACGGUAUUUCGGCUCUUGUACGAACUAUCAUGAACGCUGGCGAUCGAGAAGAGAUAACUGAACCUGCUGUUUGUGCUCUGAGACACUUGACUUCCAGACACGAGAAAUCUGAGUUGGCUCAAAAUCAAGUCAGGCUUGUUGGAGGUAUUCCUGUUAUCGUCAGACUAUUGAAUCCGCCAUCACGUUGGCCCUUGGUGAAAGCUGUAAUUGGACUGAUCAGGAACCUUGCACUGUGCCAGGAUAACUUCGCACCAUUACGGGAAUCUUGUGCUAUCAAUUAUUUGGUGCAAUUAUUGAUGAGAGCUUAUCAAGAUACACAGAGACGAGCUAGCUUGGCAAGUGGAGGCAGUCAACAACCAGGAACUUACGCUGAUGGUGUUAGAAUGGAAGAAAUUAUUGAAGGUACUGUUGGCGCUCUACACGUUCUUGCCAGAGAAUUCUACAAUCGCGAACAAAUCAGACAACAAGGCGUUAUUCCCGUUUUCGUACAACUUCUAUUCAACGACAUCGAAAAUAUACAACGAGUAGCUGCUGGAGUACUUUGUGAAUUGGCCGCCGAUAAAGAAGGGGCGGAUUUGAUAGAGCAAGAGGGCGCCACUGCACCGCUGACCGAGCUUUUGCAUUCACGGAACGAAGGUGUUGCAACAUACGCUGCAGCAGUGCUAUUCCGUAUGUCUGAAGAUAAGCCUCAAGACUACAAAAAGCGCCUCUCCAUGGAGUUAUCAAGCUCACUGUUUAGAGAGGAGAACCUUUGGAACCCUGACCUGGGCAUGGGGACAGAUUUCCAGGAUAUUUUGAGUCCGGAACAGGCCUAUGAUAAUAUGUACGCCCAAGGGCCGCCUAGUGUACAUAGCAGCCACACUGGUAGGCCUUAUCAGCAACAAGGCUAUGACCAGAUACCCUUAAACAUGCAAGCUAUGGACAUCGGCUCACCCCUAGACGCUAUGGACGUAACAGGGGCUGAGCCUGACUUGAAUUUUGAUGGAAUAGACCAGCUACCAACUCCGCCCCAAGACAACAACCAGGUGGCGGCCUGGUACGAUACCGAUCUUUAAUUUACCUUGGGGGAGAAAUUCAAUUCCACCUAAAGUAACGAAUGGUUCAAAUAAUAUACAAUCAAAAUAAUUCUUUUUAAUUGAGUGGUUUUGAUCUCGCACAAAGGCAACAGCGGUAAUUUAUCUUUUAUAAUAAUUACGGUAUUAAUUUUAGUAAUAUGAAAAUGGUGCUUAAAGUUAAUUUCUUCCCUAAAGUGAAAUUAUUGGGUGGGCCCAUUUUAGAAUUUGUGUGUUUUUAUUUUUACCAAAUUUUGACUGAACUUAAGUAAGGUAAGAAUGUGCCAUUUAAUACAAAAUUUACCAGAAGACAGUAUGUAGGUAUAUUAAUAAUUUGGGCUUGCUCAAUCGUUUGGAUCGGUUUUUCUAUUAUCACUUAUCUCUAGAUCUAGAAUUUUAUGUGGGGUAAUGUUUUCAUAAUUAUUUAGGCUAAGAAAGUGUUACAUUAUUGGGUAUAUGGCUGAUUACAAACCCUAAUUUAUGAUUUCUUCAAAUAUGCAGUAAGUAAUUCAUAGCAACAAUGUAGCUAGUUCAGUGUUUUGCCCCAUAUAUUAAUAAUAAUAUUGAUAAAUAAUUGUGGUUAAUGGAUAAUAAGAGUUUUUUUUUAUAAGUAUGUAUGUUCACAAUUUCCGCCAAAAGCAGAUGCAAUUUAUUUAAGUGAUUUAAUGAUUAUAUAUUUUCUAUAUUCGUGUUUAUUAUUGCAUUUAAUUAAUUAAUCGUUUUAUUGAUUCGGUAUAGUAUAUUUCAAAAAGUAGAAGUUUUUUUUUAUUAUUUUCUUAUAAUUCUGUACCUCAGAGGUAAACUGUAUUAAGUCACUUUUUUUUCGAAAAUGGGGUUUUAGCUGAAUACUACUUCUAAUAACUUACUUGACCUCCGGAAAAAAUUUCAUACACCUAGCUUUUAAGACAACCGAAGUACCCAGUUGGAACCUGUGUCAAGUGACUCACCAGGCUUCAAGGUAAAUUGUACUAGAAUCACUUAGUGUCAGUAUAUUAAAUUAUAAUAUUAUGACUUAAUACAAUUUACCUCUGAGGUACAGAAUUAUAUAUAGCCAAUUAUCUAGCAUUUUUUAAUUAGGUAAGGCAAUAUUUAUCAUAGUAAACAAAACUUAUCGAGCUUGGUAAUUAUUAAGUCUAAUAGAUUUUCUAUCUUAUAUAAUUAUUAUUUAUUAUUCGUUUGUUUUUUAAAAAAUGUCCCGUAUAUUUGGGGUGGAUUUAUGGUGAUAUGACCUGACAUGUUUUGGAUAUUACACCAUAAUACCCAAAAUCUGUUGGGUAGGAUUAUUUCAUUGUUUUGAAGAUUUUUUUGGUAUUUCAUAUUAUUGUAAGUGUUUGUCUUGAUUUUCGCUGUUGGAAAACAAAUAUUCGUAUUGUUUUCCAUUGGCAUUUGACUUGUGGAAAUUACCCAAUGCUGCUCAUGUAAUAAAAUAUUCAUUUAUUCGUUUAUUGUAGUUAUUAUCGCACAAAUAAUUUUUUCUAGGACUGUUUCGGAAAUUGUCUAAAACGCACCACCUACCUAACCUUGAAAAUCAAGCAUGUAUUUUAUCUAGCCCAAUAAAAAAGUUAACUGACAAUGUCAGAGUUAAAUUGACAAGGGCAGCAAUAAAAAUGCAGGGUUAGGAAAUAGUUUAUCAACAAGCGAUUUUAAUUCGAGGCAGUUACAGGAAAAGUAUAUUGCACAACUUGGAUGAAAAGCACUUUUCACACUGCUUAGGUCUACUUAUAAAUAAGGCACUUUGUGUGAAAUAAGCUAUUCCUAAAACUUGUUGAGCAAUAUGCUAUUUUUCUUUUUGAUAUUUUAUUGAGUAUCUAUUCAAAAAAAUUAAUCAAUAAAAAAAGUAUUCUUAAAACAGGGUAGAUUUUGUGCAUUCGUCGUAUUUAUCAGAGAUACUGAAUCAAUUAAUGGUGUACUUUAUAGAAUUGACUUACAAUAAAUUUCUUGAUAUUGUCAA